GCUGGAGGAGCACGCGUCCGCACAGGUUGUCGGCUGUUGGGGGCGUUACCCACGCGGCCCUGGCUGCGUGCUCCACUCCGGCGCCCAUCGCUGAGGCGGGCUUGUCAGCGAUAUCCGGUGUCUUACAUUCAUCAGAGCGCGUCACGCCACGCCAUGGCCGCCAACCAGCAGUUCUGCCUGAAGUGGAACAACCACCACAGCAACCUGCUGAACGUGUUCGAAGCGCUGCUGCACACGGAGGCGUUCACGGACGUGACGCUGGCGGUGGACGGCGCCUCCAUCAAGUGUCACAAGAUGGUGCUGGCCGCCUGCUCGCCGUACCUGCAGACGCUGCUGGCCGAGCACGUCACCACGCAUCCGAUCGUCGUGCUCAAGGACAUUCGCCUGCACGAGAUGCGCGCCCUGCUCGAGUACAUGUACCGCGGUGAGGUGAACGUGGCGCAGGAGCAGCUGGGCUCGCUGCUCAAGGUGGCCGAGACCCUCCAGAUCAAGGGUCUGGUGGAGGAGGGCCGCUGGGAGCGGCACAAGGUCGAGGGCGGCGGCGCCGAGCGCGCCACCAUCGAGCCGCGCCAGCCGUGCCCCGACUCCAACCCUGCCGCCGAGCUGCAGAAGAAGAAGCGGCGACCGCAGGAGGUCUGGUGCGAGAGCAACCCGAUCCUGCGCACGGUUUUGGGCCAUGGCGGCAUGUCGGGCCUGGACGUGCCGUCGCUGAUGGCUGCCGCCAUGGGCCGCGAGAUCAUGGACCGCGAGUUCGCCGACAGACAGGUACGGCGCUGCGAUGGAGGCUGGCUGGUACUGGUGUGUUAG